AAAUGUCUUCUCUUAUAUCUGUCAUAAUCAAUUAAACUUUAGCUUAUAUAUAUUUAUAUAUAUAUAUACUUAUUGUUCUAUUUUAUAACAAAUUGUAUAAUACUAAAAUAAAAAAUAAAAAAAUUUAACUUUAAGUAUUAUUUUCUAAUUUUAAUGGAAAUAUCAGAUGGCUACAAGACCUCAUACAGAAUAGCACAUAGAUACAUGCCAAUAAUUGCAUUUGAAUCUAAUGUGUCGCCUUUGGCUUUUGAAAAAGAGCUGUUACCAAAUUCUCCUAAAUUGAAGCACUGGAAUUAUGAUACAUCUACAAAAGUUAAUUUUACAUAUAAAUCUGAUACUAUGGAUCCUAUACAAAAACCAAUGAAGGUUACACUGAAUAAACAAGAGUAUAUGAUGCCUCAAUGUGAAAAAUUAUGGUCUGAACCUCUCAAACCAAUAUAUAUCCCACCAACAGAAUAUAAUAAUAAAUUUAUACAUCCAGAGAAAAUGGUAGGAAUAAUAAAAUUACCUAUACCAUAUAGUUGUGUUCAAUCAAAACUAACCAAUCUAAAGGAAAUUUGUACAAUGAAAAGUCCAAAAACAAACAAAUCUAUUUCAAUUCCAUUAUUAGUACCAUAUACUAGUACACAUAAAUUAGCCUACAUUGAUAAAAACUUUGUUAUCAAAAAUAAUUUUAACAAGAAAAAUACAAAACGAACUUUAUUGGUAAAUGAAUUAUAUAACAAUAAGCCAAUAAUUAAUCAUCAAACCACUCUCCGUAUACUUCCUAACACAAUGAAAAAAAUACCACAUAAUGCUCAUAAAACUGAGAUGACUGAUGCCUAUAAGAAACCAAUUAAUUCAUUAAUUAAUUAUGAAAAUACUUUUGAAAUACCAGUUUCAGUUUCACAUAACUCAGCAUUAGCUCAAAUAUUAUCUGUUCCAGAAAUGUAUACAACUGAAUACUCAAAAAUUGGUGGAUAAUGUAUUUCCACUUUGUAUAAUUAAUCUCAAUAAAUUUAUUUAAUUUUUAUAAUAAUUAUCUAAAACUAUAAGCAGAAUAGUUUUAGUUCAAGUACUGUUGCAAAAUUUGAUUUAGAACUGACAUAUCAUAAUAAUCUGCUAUUGCUUUAAAUGUUUUUAGGUAUGACACAAUAUCAAUUUUAGUAAUUACUGUAGUGUAACUUCCAGCACAAGAACAGUAUGCAUUUAAAUUUUCCAUUUUAAUCUAAAAAGAGAAGUAAAUAAUAUUAUUUUUUUUUAUGAAUAAAUAAUCUAAGGUACCUGUGCACAUGUUUUACAUUGUAAAUCUUGUAAAGUAUGGGCCAUAGCUUUUCUACUAAGAGCAUCAAUCAAAUAAUGUUCAAUAAGGGAAUUAUCAUAGUGACUAUUGCAGUUUGGACAAAGCCAUGUUUUUCUGAAUUUAAUUUAUUAAAUCAAUAAUAAUUACAGAUUUAAAUUUUUUUCAAUUGUAAUUCUUACUUUCCAUCAAUAACAGUACGAUGAGAAUCUUUGCAUAGAUCUAUAUCUCUACAAUGAUUGCAUCCUUUACAAAUAAUUUCAGGUAAUAUCCAUGACAGACAUGGAUCAUUCCAUUCAGCUUGAUCACUAAAAUCUCCAAUACCUAUUAG